AACAUCAGCAGCCCUUCCUGUCUUACAGAACUGUUUCCUGUUCAUACCGAUUUCGCUUAUUUCGCCAGCGAAAAAUCCGCAAGCAGCCGCAGCCACGUCUCGCGUCGGGACCGCUUCGAUCCGGGGCUGCGAGCGCUAGGAAUGUGACUCUCUCGUCCUCUAUCACGUUGCAGGUCCCGGACUGGCGGAGAGGACGGGCUCUGCCGUUACACAGGAUCUAUCGAAACAGCAGUGACUUUGGCUUGUCCUGAGAACUAUGGAUGAUUCAGCGCUUUUUUUUUUUUUUUGGUCUUUUUUGCAUGAUCCGCACUUGCGAGUUCUAAAUACAGCGUAUAAAGGAAGUUACUUUAAUAUCGUCACGGGAUUAGAACGUUGAAUUCGAGAUGUGUGAAUACUUAAAUGAAUAAGAUUAGACAUUCUCGCUACGGGUCCACUAGGAAUGGACGUAACUGGGGACAUCUGUGUGGGUCGAUGUAAUUAACGUUGAAUUCGUCGACAUUAAAUGCGUGACUUUUAUUUUAUCAGGUGAUUUCAUCUCGCGGCGUCGACGCGCCGGUUAACGUUCUGGUCGGACGUCGGGACGGCCGUGGGAUGGUUGUUGGUGCCAGACAGGCCCGGUCUGAGCGUUUCAGAAACACCUGGGACGUUCACGCAUAACUGGAGUGUACAGUUUACACCGAAUGAUGUGGGACGGGGUGGAGGGGCAUCCAGUGACCAUCCAGUUAUGCUGUCCGAAACCUCCCAGCUGAGUCUGAGCAAAAGAGAAAAAGGCUAACGUACAAUCACAGAGACGCACGCACGCACGCGCACGCACACAGCACACCAAGCCAUGAGUGAUUCUCAGGACACUGGAGACGCCGUCGCCGCUACUGGACUGGCUGGACAUUUCCCGGCCGCAGCCGUGCCCGUUUCUCCCCGUCGGCACGGCGACGACAUCAACGACGAAGACGACGGGGACCUGAACAAGACCCUGGGAGUGCAGAGCUUCCAGCAGAUCCUCUCCCCGGCACCGCGGCUACCGGCCGAGCAGCACCGCACCUUCAACCAGGAGGACUUGGAGGCCCACCGCCACUUGCCGCUGCACAUCCAUCACCCGCUAUCCAAACGGCUGCCCUCUGAGAGCCGGGGCAAAAAGAGCGGGCGCAAGAGGAAGAGCGGGAGGAGGCGGGGCUCGGCCAGCAGCGGCGGAGCUCCCACUAUAGAGGAGGAUGAGCAAGAGGAAGAAGUAGAGGAGGACCACUGCAGCCCACAGGAUGGAGAAGGCAACGUCACCACGCCUACAUCAGAUAACGAUACAGAUGCUCACGCAGAGCCAGUGCAGUUCUUUAUGUGCGAUGAAGACUCCAACGGUGCUACCGUGGUCAAAAAUAACCUGGGUACUCCAGCUCGCCAGCUCGUUAUUGUCCCCGAGUCGGCCCUACACAAGAGCGGCGCUAGCACCGAGGACGCCACUACAACUGACAGCGUCGACGGCGCGUGCGUGCAGCCCAACGGUAGGACGGCGUCCGUUCCGUCGGGGUUCCCGCUCCUGUCUCCGGACGCCAGCUCGAGGUUGGCGCGCAGCUACGACCUGCAGGAGCGCCGGCGCACGGGGGACGUGACCGCCACCGAACUGGCACGCUACCGGUGCAUGCCGACCGACGAGAGCGAAGCACAGAUGUUGGCCACCGUCGACCUGGACGGCAUGAAAAGUCACCGGUUUGAAGAUGUCCCCGGCGUGCGGCGUCACCUGGUCAGGAAGUGCAGCAAGGGGCAGGUGGUUCACAUCAGCAAGGACCACAGGGAGCCCAGCGGCCGCAGCCGCAAACAGGACAGAACCCCGCACGAGGUGUUCGUGGAGCUGAACGAGCUGGUGAUGGAUAAGAAUCAGGAGAUGCAGUGGAGAGAGACGGCUCGCUGGAUCAAGUUCGAGGAGGACGUGGAGGAGGAAACGGACCGCUGGGGCAAACCACACGUAGCCUCGCUGUCAUUCCGCAGCCUGCUCGAGCUGCGUCGGACCAUCUCACACGGUGUCGUACUGCUGGACCUGGACCAGAGGACGCUGCCUGGUAUCGCUCAUCAAGUGGUGGAACAGAUGAUCAUCUCCGACCAGAUCCGAGCAGAAGACCGAGCCAACGUGCUCCGGGCGCUGCUUCUCAAACACAGCCACCCGAGCGACGGGAAGGAGCACAGCUCGUUCCACAGGAACAUCUCAGCGGCGAGUCUCACCUCUCUGAUGCCUCAUCACCAUAGCAACAACCACGUCGCACCUCCGGAACCUACCGCUGCUGACCCGCUCAUAGCAGGAACCGCCGAAUCCGACUCCAACCACUGCGUCGACAUCGACAAGAACGAGAAAGAUACUUCUCUAAUGCUGGGCUUGCACAAAUCCAAAUCUAAGCACGAGCUCAAGCUUCUGGAAAAGAUCCCGGAAAACGCCGAGGCCACCGUCGUGCUUGUGGGCAGGGUGGACUUCCUGGACCAGCCGACCAUGGCUUUUGUGCGUCUGCAGGAGGCGGUGCUGCUGGAGUCGGUGCUGGAGGUGGCGAUACCAGUGCGCUUCAUGUUCGUCCUCCUCGGCCCGCCCAUCGCCAACAUGGACUACCAUCAGAUCGGGCGCUCCAUAUCCACCCUGAUGUCUGACAAACAAUUUCACGAGGCAGCAUAUUUGGCAGAUGAGCGCGGCGACCUCCUGACAGCCAUUAACAGCUUUCUGGACUGCAGCAUCGUGCUUCCUCCAUCAGAGGUAGGAGGCGACGAGCUGCUGCACUCCGUGGCCCGAUUCCAGCGAGAGAUGCUGCGCAAGAGACACGAGCAGGAAGUCAAAUUACAGGCCAAGGAACCCAAGAGGCCAGAGGACGAGGCUCUUUUACCCCCGAGUAAACCCGUAGCUGACCCCCUGCGGAGGACGGGACGGCUGUUUGGUGGGGCUAUACGAGACGCACGCAACCGUUACCCCAAAUACCUCAGCGACUUUAAGGAUGCCCUCAACCCUCAGUGCAUGGCUGCUGUCAUAUUCAUUUACUUUGCUGCCCUCUCUCCUGCCAUUACCUUUGGAGGACUGUUGGGCGAUAAGACCGAGGGCUUGAUGGGCGUGUCGGAGUUAAUCGUCGCCACUGCACUACAGGGGAUUUUGUUUAGUCUGCUUGGAGCUCAGCCCCUCCUCGUGGUUGGCUUUUCCGGACCUUUGUUAGUGUUCGAAGAGGCGUUCUAUUCUUUCUGUACGUCCUAUGGAAUGGAGUACCUGACGGGCCGGGUAUGGAUCGGGUUUUGGCUGGUAUUGAUCGUGGUGGUUACGGUGGCCUUCGAGGGAAGCUUCCUGGUGCGUUUCGUUUCCCGCUUCACGCAGGAGAUCUUCUCCUUUCUCAUCUCCCUCAUCUUCAUCUACGAGACCUUUGUGAAGCUUGCCAAGAUCUUCAAAGACCACCCUCUCACCUCUUGCGACAGCACAGCAGAAAAUAACACUACACCGGAGUUACUAGUCAACUCCAGCAGAACCCGAGACACGCCUGGGAAAGUAUUAAACCAGCCCAAUACAGCCCUGCUAUCCCUGGUGCUUAUGUCAGGAACCUUCUUCAUUGCCUUCUACCUGCGCAAGUUUAAGAACAGCGCCUUCUUCCCUGGCAGUCUCCGCAGGGUGAUUGGAGAUUUCGGUGUUCCCAUUGCUAUCUUCAUCAUGGUUUUGGUGGACCACAGCAUAAAAGACACCUUCACACAGAAGCUGAGCGUUCCGGACGGCUUCAACGUGACCAGCCCGGAGAAACGGGGCUGGGUGAUCAACCCGUUGGGCUCUGACGGUCAGUUCCCAGUCUGGAUGAUGGCUGCCAGCAUUCUGCCUGCCCUGCUCGUGUUCAUCCUCAUCUUCAUGGAGACACAGAUCACCACUCUUAUCGUGAGUAAAAAGGAGAGGAUGCUGGUGAAGGGGUCCGGCUUUCAUUUGGACCUGUUGAUCAUCGUAGCCGUGGGCGGGAUCUCGGCUUUGUUUGGCCUGCCCUGGCUGGCUGCCGCGACCGUGCGCUCCGUGACCCACGCCAAUGCACUUACUGUCAUGAGCAAGGCCGUGGCACCCGGCGAUAAACCACGCAUCCAGGAGGUGAAGGAGCAGAGGGUGACUGGAUUUCUGGUCGCGGUUCUCGUCGGUCUUUCUAUUGUGAUUGGGGAGGUGCUGAGGAAGAUCCCCAUCGCUGUUCUGUUUGGUAUUUUUCUCUACAUGGGGGUUAUGUCCCUCAAUGGCAUCCAGAUGACUGAGCGCAUGAUGCUGCUCCUGAUGCCUCCCAAAUAUCACCCAGACCAUAUGUACGUGCGGAAGGUGCGCACUCUACGGAUGCACCUUUUCACCGUUAUCCAGGUGGUGUGUUUGGCCGGGCUCUGGGCCGUCAUGUCCACCCAGGCCUCGUUAGCGUUUCCCUUUGUCCUCAUCCUCACCGUGCCCAUCAGGAGGUACCUGCUGCCGCGGAUCUUCACCCAGCGCGAGAUGCAGUGUCUUGACGCGGACGACUCGGAGCCCACGUUCAGCGUGGGGGAGGGGCAAGACGAGUACACAGACACGCACGUGCCAGUAUGACGCCGAUCGCGCCGACCUGACUGAUACUUAUUCUGAGUGGAAUCGCAGACGCAAUCCAUAGACUGUUCACUACCAUCUUCUCAAAGGCUUUGACCAAUCAGUGACCGUUAUCACUGUAGAUCUGUUCCUCGAAGCACGAGUGUCAUGCCUCCAGAAUCUUUUUUUAUAGCUUUGUGUCCAUCUCGAUUUUUUUUUUCGAAUCGAUAGUACAACUAUAUUAGCAUAUUAAAUGGUUUCCUGGUUGUCAGUUGCAGUUCCAGUUGUUUAUCCCAUGAGGUUUAGUGUGCACUAACACUAACUCACCAAGUGAGUACUAACACCCAGGUGUAUGUUUGUGUAGUGAGUGUGACACAUGACACCCCCACCCCCCCCCACCCCUUCCUCCUCCCCUACACGAAGCACUUUUGGACCAAUUAUAACGUAUUUGUUUGUUAUUGAUUUCUCAUCUUACUGAUACCAGGAUGAAAUGUAAUGUAGGUUGAACAAUUCUCAAUCGUCUGACUUUAUUUAGGUAGCAGAGCUAUUGGCAAGUGUUUAUUUUUAUUUUGGACCAGCACUGAAAAGAAAGCGAAACUCGGUGUUCUUUAAUGACUGUAUAUUUCAACUCUAUUGUGAACAAAUAUGCAAAGAUUUUGACUGUAACAUGCAAUUCUGUUGUCACCCCUCCCACCCACCAGGGAUGGUGAAUAUCCCCUGGAUAUCUUCUUGUGAGGCUAAGGAAGGGUGAAAUUAAAACGCUAGUUAGUUAUGUAAAUGUGCUUCCCUGCCAUUCGGAACCAGCACUAAUCGAACAAAUUACUUUGUUGUAAAUACUACAUCAUACGGUCGCUUUGGUAGGAGGUUCUCAGUAUGUAUGCGCACCCACACGAGAAGAGAUCCAGGUGAUGUUUACCGUCUCUGGCGGUUGUCUGGCGAUCACAGAACCACGCUUACGUAUAUAACUAGUGUUAUCGUUCUAUAUAUCUUUUAUAUAUUGAAAGCCAAAAAGUAUCAAGAGACCAGUGUAUAGAAACCUGCAUUAUUGCUGUAGGGAGUGUAGCCAUUCCCAAAAUAGGAAAAAAAAUCACCUGUAGGUGCGCAGGGUGUGUGUGUGUGUGUGUGUGUAUCAUCCAUUUUUAUGUGACUCAGUGCUUCAUUCUGAAAUUAAAUGGCUACUGAAUAUAUUUUUUAAUCGUUUCAAAUCAAUAGUAGCGUUUAGGACUAUAAAGGAACGUGAAAAGGGAUGAUGGUACUCACCGUUGCAGUUAGGUCAAGUAAUGACAUUUUACAGGGUUCUGUGGUAUUUUCCUGGCAAUGAUAAUAGGCCACAUCGUAAUACUAUAUUUCAAGUUUUAAAAUAAAGAUCUGAUUAAAACGUUUUGCGUAUACACGAGGCUUUUUAAAGAGCAAAACAAAAAUUUAAAAUGUAAUGCCUGUUUGUUGUAGUCUGUUGUGUGUAAUACUUUAUUAAAAGGUUUAAGAUCCAAAGAUGCAGUAAAAAGCUGAAAUCUUGAACAUUUCUGCAUUUUAUGAUUAUUAGUUGUUUUUUUUUUUUUUUUUUGGGGCCUAGUUUUAUCUUUGUACAUUGUCUGUCUGUCAGUGAUGUCAUACUUUUAAACAUUUAAUGGGUCAAAAGAUGGAUUAAUUGUUACAAGUGCAAUCUGUCUUACAUUCCAACUAUAACACUCAAACUGAUUUUUUUUCUUUCUUUUAUUUCUUCGAAAUCUUGAACAAAAUGAUAGUGUGUGUGAAACUGUACAUUUCCGUUUGCUCCUGUCAAAAACAGUUGUGUUUCAACCACUUGAGCUUUUGAUGUAGUGCCUUUUUUAAAUAUAAUAUUGCUGUAAAACAGGCCGGACGAAACUGUGUAGUUGCUUUUGCUUGAUGAUUAACGUGAAGCAGAAGGGACCUUGUUUGUUGUUGUACGAAUGAUGGUGAAGAGUGAGACGGUGUGAUUUGUGAGACUGGAACAAAGUGACUGUUUUGGGGCUGUGUGAACGCAGUAAUUCCUCUGUGUUUAUACACGGUGUAGACUCAAUAAAGCAACUCGACGUUUCUACCCA